AUGGAAGUAGAGGAGGAGGUGCGAGUGAUGUCCUCACCCACCACCCGUGCACAAAAACCGCCGUCGCCAGCUCCAGUUACCGAGCCGCAACUGGUGCCUUCCAUGUCGCCCGAGCGCGUGAAGAAGGAAGUGGAGGUGCUGAAGACCUACCAGGCGGAGCUGUCACCACCAUCAGGUAGUAGUCUUAUCAAAGAAAGCCGUGUCGGACCCGACAGCAUUCCUCGCAGUCUUCUUACACAAGAGCUCCUUUCAAAGUUCCAGGAAGGCGAAUUGAUGGCCACAGAGGAGGUACCACCGACUGUCGCGGAUGGAACACCACGCGUGGUACCCACCGAAGAUGUGCCAAUGCUUGUGCCAUCAAAGAUUGAAACUACCCUUUCUGCUGCUAAACCUCGAGACGAUUUGGGUCUGCUCCCGCCAAGAGCCGAUGACAGCCGCCCAGUUGAAAAUGAUUUUAUUGUCGCCUCCGAGGGUCUUAAACGGAAGGAGAUGGGACCGGUUGGACAUGCCGAUUCUUAUGCUCGCCAGAUUGCUGCCGAGGAGCUAGCUGACACCCUCGGGCUGGACGCUGAUGUGGAGCUUGUAUCAGUGCUGAAACAGUCUGAGGAGCCAAGUGCAGAAGCAGUCGUCAUCGAAGAUGAAAUUAAAGCCGUCAAGUUAGAACCCAAGGCUCAAGUCAGUCCGAUUUUACUGCGUCCAACGGUCUCCGAACAGCCCUCGCCCGAAUGUAUCCGGAUCUUGGAUGGUCUGCACGUCGACACAGGUAAGCAUGUUUCUCCACCUUCCUUACCUUGGAUCUCGACAAUUAUAUAA